AUUUAUUCAGAUUAGAAUGAAAUCCUCGGGGACAGAAGAGGAUACUUCAUCACUGGAGGCCUUGGACGAGGAGGAAGGUUUGAAUUCAGAGGCUCAAGAUGAGGAUCUUGAUCCAAAGGUUUUGCUACGGAUACAAAAGAUCUCGGAUAUUCUAAACCAAACGAACCUGAAUCUUAACGUGUUUGAGAAAAUGCUUCCGGCGUACAGGUCGGAGAGAUCAGGUUUGACUCUGUCCUCCGAUACUUCAGAACUCUCGGAGAUCAAAAUACAAAACCAAAACCUUGCUUCCCGAGUUAUUCUUCUUGAGAGUAAAAAUGAAGAACUAGAAAAGUCCUUGCUCCAGUCUAAUUCUAAGGUUGAAGAGUUAUGUUUAGAAAAUACUAGAUUGAAUCUCACCAACGAGGAUCUGAAAUUAGAGAUUUCAGAUCUCAGAACAAACCUUGAAAGAGCAGAGGGCAAGAAUAUCAGUGAUUCCAUUAAAAAGUCUGAAUCAGUUCCAGGUACUGAGCUAAUCUCCCAGAUAUCUUCGGGUCAAGGAUGCAUAAGGAGUAGAGAAGAAUCGAAAGAUUUGGUUUCUGCUUUCAACCAAAUAAAAUUUUUAAAACAAUCUCGUGAUAGUUUAAAGAGAAAAACUAAACAGUUGCUCCGUCAUUACCGGAGAAAACGGGAGAUUCUUCAACAUAGAGAGAACCAGUUAAUCUAUCAAAAGUCUGGUUUAGUUAAACUUCAAAAUCUCCAUCAAAACUUCCAAAGUUCUCAUAUAGUUGUUCUUGAUUAUCUUGGUUCCGAGCUGGGCAUAAUAUCCCGCCUGGUUGGUUUACUCCUGGAGACAGAGGAAAACGAACCUGUUCUUGAACCCUGCUCCAGUUCCAAUUUGUCCUCCUGGUAUUCUCAGAUAGAGACCCUGAUACACUGGACUAAACAAACCUUGGUCUCAAUAGCUCUUAGAUUUUCUCAGAGCAGCGAAUCUCGCGUAUCUUUAAUAAAUCGGAAGUUGUUAAGUCUGACAAGAAAAAGAGGAGGGAAGAGUCAGGAUCCAGGAAGUAAACCUCUUCAAUCCGUAUCCGACUCCAUCUCACAGUGCACCCUGAGUCAAGAGACAACUUUGCAAUCCCUGGUUCAGGAUCUAGAUACAGGGUUGGGCGGAUAAUAAACCUCCUGAUACGAUGUGUCAUAGAUUUCUCCAUCACAUUUUACAGUCUACAUAUCUUACAUUGAUAGAUCAGAAUUUGAUGUCAACAAUUCAAAUGUGUUUUUAUACCCUUCCAAAAAAGCAAGAAUUAAGCCAAAAAACUUUAACGUUCUGAUUACAGUGAUUACAAUGGGAUAGUAAGACGACAUUAUAGCAUACUUCAGUGUAUUUGAUAUUGUUACAAAGCAAAUAGUUUUACCAGACACUUAUCAA